AUGAGCGGCGCUCGUCUGUUCUCCGUGAUGUUUUUCCCGUUGGAACCGGGAAUAAUUUCUCCGCUUCCCGGGAUCUCUGGGAUAGGGAGGCGUGCGCGUCACGUCUGCCUGUCUCUCAUACAGAAGAUGGAAGUAUGUUCUAAUGAGGGGAACACAUUAACAGGUAAUUUAUAUUAUAAGGAUAAGUUUUGGAAUUUAAAAGGCAAGGCAAAACCCCAAAACCCAUUUUGAAUCACGAGACCCAUCCAUUUGGACCCUUCUGCUUUUACUUCCUCCGUUUUCCCUAGCUGUUGGGAAUGAGCAAGUGUGUGAAGAUUUGAGCAUCUCUGCAGUAGCUUUUAAAUAUGUACCUGCACAUUUACUGCAAACUAAAUCCCAGUCAGUUCAAGGUAAACUUUCUGCCAAGUAAGGGGACACAGAACUGUAGAUUUGGCCGACCCUAACCCCUCUGUACCUACUGUAAAAGGCUGACAAUGCAGUUUGCAUAUGUCUACUCAAGAUACAUGCUCCACUGAGUUCAAUGGGGCUUACUCCCAGGUAAGUGUGGUAAAUAAUGUAAUAUAUAUGUUGCAAACAGUUGUAACAAAGUAUUUUUUUUAGAUAGCAACUUUAGUGCAUGGAUCAAGUUUUAUAGAGGACACUGAUCAUAUUUAUGAUAAAUUUGUAUUCAUGCUUUUAAUGUUUUUAUGUUUUCUAAUAUAUAUUUUGAAAAGCCCAAUGUCAUGGGAAUACAUAUGUAUUGAUUGUCAUGAGUGUGACAGUGAAGAUAAUAGAAAAGUAGAAUUGUAGAGUUGAAAGGGACCCUGAGCAUCAUCUAUUCCAACCCCCUGCGAUAUGGGAAUCUCCAAUGUGGGGCUGGAACCCAUGAAUUUGAGAUUAUGUCUCAUGCUCUGCCCACUGGGAACUGAGCUAUCCCAGCGGCAUAAGAUAUUGCCCCCAUCUCCCUCCUCUGCGGCAAAUCGUUUGGUUAUCGUUGCUUUGAGAAUAUUCCAUUAUGCUGCAUUUUUGCCAUUUUACGUAGAGCUGCCAGUUUUUGCUUCUCGCUUAAUUUGCUGCUAAAUGUAAAUUCUGUUGGGGGUGGGCUUGCUUCUUCUACCCUUGUCACUUUGCCACGUUGCAGAUGAGAACACACAGGCUGCCACGUGGGCAUCCCUAUAGUAUACUAUAUAAUACAACAUGGGUGAGGAAAUGGUAGGCCAAGGACCAUAUCUAGCCCUCAGGCCUCUUCUAUAGGCCACACCCCAUACCAUCCUACUUCCUACCUUCCUUGAAUGUUCUUGCCUGACUGAAAUGUGUCCGUAAGCUCUGAUAAUGCAUCUUGGCGGAUUGGGUGGGGGAUUGAGAGUGGUGCAUGCUGCAUGUUCCUAGAAACUAUCCUGGUGUACAAAGGUAAAUUUCACAUCUCUGGCUCCUCACACUUUGGCCUCUGGCCCCACCUACAGCUGCCACAUGGCUCUGGGCCAUUUUCUCAGACAGGAGCAGGUCCCCGAGUUUGAAAAAAGCUCUGCACCCCAACUGUAAAAUAGACAGUGAUGGAUUUUUCAACACUUUGUGUACAUAGCAAGAAACUUUAUGCUGCACUUAUGUGUGGUGAGGUUUGCUGAGUGCUAUCUAUCACCACCACCCCUACUUCCGUUGAUGAGGCACUGCUCAGGGCCAGGGCAACAUGUAUUUAUUAAUUUUAUUAACCUGUUUUUACAUCUACAGUGGUACCUCUGGUUACGUACUUAAUUCGUUCCGGAGGUCCAUUCUUAACCUGAAACUGUUCUUAACCUGAAGCACCACUUUAGCUAAUGGGGCCUCCCGCUGCUGCCGCACCGCCGGAGCACGAUUUCUGUUCUCAUUCUGAAGUAAAGUUCUUAACCCGAGGUACUAUUUCUGGGUUAGCGGAGUCUGUAACCUGAAGCGUAUGUAAGCUGAAGCAUAUGUAACCCAAGGUACCACUGUAUAAGAAAACUUUUUUUUUAAAAAAAAUGUCCACAUACAGGUAAACAAAUACCUGUGUGGAUACUCAUAAUGGACCUCAGGUUUCCUGAAUUUAGGGAAGGUGGGGAAGUACUGAUUGAGAAGAGCCGACAGUAACACACACUGCAAAUGCGCCCCAUCAAGCUUCACCCACUAGUGUAGAUGGCAAUUGAGAGUGCUCAGGUGUGGACGCAGAAAAGUCUGGUCUGUGCAACUCGUGCACAUUUAGCAAGCCGGUUUGUAUGCAGCCCUUUUGAUAGUUUGCUUCCUACUGGGGACUCACAUGACUGAAUGUUCGCCCGUACAUAAACGUUAACUUGCAUGUGAUGGACUUAAACGUUGGUGGAAAAGCAAAGUCAGAAACUGCCCUGCAAAAUUUCUUUUAUACGAUGGAGCAUUCAGUUCUUUGAGCCACACAUACCUUGCAGUGUUACAUGGUCUGGCGGCCUAGACCCAGGCUUGCCACCUCAAAGAGGGUGGUAACUUCUGUGGGGCAGAAGUUGGAGAAGCUGUGAGCCUCCAAAGGUUGUUAGAUCACAACUUCCAUCAUUCCCAAGUCUAAGGCUGCCAUUCUAGCCAGGGCACCACACUCCUUUCACCUUCUCUUCCUUUGUGCUUUUUCUUCCUUCAGCCCACCUGUACCACAACCUGUUUCCUUCAAUGUACCUGCCGCAUUGA